ACACACUGUUCCGAGUUCACUAGUUAUCACAGCCACAAAGUCAUAAACCCUGCCUGUUUCUACAAUUUCUCUUCUUAAAAUCUUAUUUUAAACAUCAUUAACCAAAAUUCAAAAGUCACUCGCACAUCUGAGCAAUCUCUGCAGGUGCAUGGCAACAGUUGAACAAGAUGAAGGAAAAAGGAAACCGCACACUGAUCUUGGUAGUAAUCACUGAUAUUUAAUAAGCUAACGUAAACACAAACCACACGCCUAAAUUUAAAUUAAGACCGAACACCAAAUUUUUGUUUCCAUUCAUUUUUACUAUAUAGCCCAUUUAGGCUGUGGUAACUAGCGGAAAUUAUACAAAUUAACGUAAAGGCUGCGUAAACGUUGCAUUGCGCGUACGUUUACAACAGUCAGGCGAUGCAACGAUGAUCCAAUGACACCGUUUGUAAGCACUGAAAGUCACCUGUGUGCUGUCCAAUUGUCCCUUGGAUUUGGGACCAUGGCUUAUCCAUUAAGGAGUGAAGUGGUCAGGCUGUAUAAAAAUCUCCUAUACCUUGGAUGGGAGUAUCCCAAAGGUGCUGGCUCCUUUAGGGAUAGACUGAAGUCUGCAUUUUUGAAUAACAAAGAUGUGAAAGACCCAGAGAUGAUCAAACAAAUGAUAGCCCGAGGGUAUUUUGUCAUCAAGGAGUUGGAAGCACUUUACUACCUGAGGAAGUACAGAGCCAUGAAAAAGCGGUACUAUGAACCUGAGGAAUGACUGGCGACACCACUGCCUUGAAAUGUGACAAAGUUAAGGUGCCCUCUAUGAAGAUGUUUUAUUAAGAAGGGUCUAAGAAGCCACUUGACGAGUCCAUCAAACACCAGAACGAUUGAAGGCCAUAUUAAAGUUCAAUAUAAGCCAUGACAGUGCAUUCAGUGUACAACAG